CCUCCUCCACCUCACAGCUAUAGAUAAGUACACCUCUCCCCUUAGAACAAAAACCAAUUUUUAGCCAAGCAGCAUCAGCCGGCAAAAUUUAUUGCCAAUCAGUUAUAAGUUAUAUGACUUAAGUCAAGCUGUAAUGUGACAGCAAAUAAAGCCAUUCAAAUAUAAGAAAUUAUGUUAGUUCGUAACUGCUUUAUCGUUUCCAUAGGAACAAGCUGGAGAUGUCGGCUUCUUAUCAAUAUUAAGCAUGGUUACUUUUUAUUUACUUUUUUCUUGUUGAAAUAUAUAUUUUUAUAAUGGAAGACUUUACAAAUCCAAAUCUUCAACUUGUGUUGGGAGUAAGAGAAGGAACAAAUUUUGAUAGGGUGCAAAAACCUACAAUUGUCAUUGCCACUCUAAAUGGUACUUGCCUUGAAACUAAAAAGAUUCAGUCAGAUUCGAAUCCACAAUACACAACUGAUUUGAUAUGGGAAACAGAUAGGAAUGCAAUAAGAAAGAUGAGAUCUAAUCAGACUCCUAUAAAAGUAGAAUGUUAUGGGGUCAAUGAAAAUGGAAGUAGAGAAAAACUAGGAUAUAUCUUAUUAAGUGUACGUUGUGCUCAGAUUAUUCAUUACAAUGAAGAUUCAAAGAUCAAAACAAAUUGGCACAAUGUGUUGGGAUUGAGAAAUGAAUUUAAUAAUUGCAAGCCAAAGUUAUUAUUGUUUUUAAUUAUUAAAGAAAAGGAAAUUAAACCUAUUGAUGUAGUACCUCAGGUGAAGAGUGCUCAUCAAUAUAAUUUAAUUCAUUCACAAAUUACACCAGUUUGGUUAAAAGAAGAACAGCUUAUACAGUUAGGUCCAAUUGAAACAUGCCAUGACUUAUUUUUAUUGACUAUUAUUAUUGAAAGUGCAAAUAAUCUUAUUCAAUUAAUACCCAAUGUUAGUGAACUUGAAAAAGACCAUUUUUCAUUUUUUUACAAUAUUUUGGAUACUAUUAUUUCAGUAAAACCAUUCCGAUUAGUAUCUAACAACAUUUAUUUUAAUGAAAAAGAAGUUAUUAAAAUUAGAAGUUCUUAUAGUACACUUAUACAUUACCUGAACACAAAACCAUAUUUUUUUAUAAAACUAAAAAAAGGUAAUAUGAUAAUCGCUCAAUCAGAAAUAGACAUGAAAUCAUUUAUAGCAGUGAACUAUACGGAAGAUUUGAAGCAAUUUCAAAAAAAUAUGCCAUUUACUGCAGAUUAUUGUUGCAUUCUACAGAGCGUGCAUUCAAAAGAUCACAAAUUAUCUACUGAAAACGUCCAAGAUAAUGAUUUUUUACCAAAUCUCAAACUUCAUAUGACUUUGCUUCAAUUUGACAUGAAAGAUGAUUUACCUAAAAAACGGAUUCCUUAUACUCAACACUCUCCUCCAUUACAUAGAUCAAAAAGUGACGUUUCAAUACUAAAUCAAACCAAUGGUAUUGAACAAAUCAGUUAUUCAAACACACAGAUGAGAACUACAUCUGAUCAUCUUAUUUUAGAUAAUAUAAAAACCUUGAAUAAUAGGGUACCUCGAUCUCGAAUCGAAAAAGAAAUUAUUUUUUCACACAAAAAUACUCAAACUACUAAUAAUGACUCAAACAGUGAUUCUGAAAAACAUUGCCAAAUUGUAAACUUGCAUAAAAGAUAUUCUCUUAAUAUUGAUUUGAAAGAAAUAAAAUUUAUUCAUGAUAGACCAGAUAUAGAAAGGAUCGAAUUUAGAUUUUAUGAUGAUGCAGGUGAUCUCAUUUCUACAACCUGCAAAAAUGUAUCUAUAAUACCAGAAGAAAUAAUAACAUUACAAGAUGUCAAAUGUAAAUUCUAUUUCAUGUCUGCUUCUAAUGAAAUUGAAGGGCUAAUGAAAACAUUUACGCCAAAAAUUUGUAUUUCUGAUGUAACCACUAGUGAAAAAAAGUGCAUUGCUCAAAUUUCUUUAGAUAUACAUAAAUUUAUCUGUGAUAGAAUGGAAGACUCUGAACAAAUUGUUCCAUUAAUUGAAUGUCAUAAUAAUAAAGUUGUUGGAUGCGUGAAAAUAAAUGUUUCAAUCCAAGAUCAUACUGCUUUAGUAUUGCAUAAACUGAAAGAGGGAAUUUCAGGAAUAACAUUAGAUAACGGUUUAGCGUAUAAAAUUGUUGAGGAACUUGAAACAUGGAAAGAUAGACAGAAAGAAAUAUUUAAAGAUGAGUUACGAAAAAAAGAAGAAGCCUAUUUAAACUUGUUGAAUGAGAAGUGGCAACAACGCAGAAAAUGUUUAGAAACAAAAUUUGGGUCUAGUAUAGAACAAUGUAAAAUACUUUCCAAUAAGUUAAAUAUGACCAUAGAAAAUUUGAGAGUACGAAAAAUUCAAAGUCUUGAAAAGGAAACGAAGUUAAUUCAAGCAAAUGAUGAAUUGUAUUGGAAAUACGACCGUAAAGUGAACCAAUUACAAGAUGCUUUGCAGAAGAUGCAAGGAGAAUUCUCAACAAAAUUGAUCAGUUUGGAAGAAGAAAAUAAAAAUCUCAUAUCACAAGUUAAAUUAUUAACUGAACAAAAAUGCGAACUCGAGAAAAUUAAAGCUGAACAAGCUCAAAAAUUGUCCAUUCAAAAUAAAAUUUCUUUAACAGAAGACCAGACUACUUCUAUCUUUCACCAAUUGAAAAAUCUUGAAGAACAACUGGAUAGCGCUCAGAAGAGUAAAUCCUUCUUCAAAGAACAAUGGAGCAAAGCUGUAAAAGAAAUUCACAGAACAAAAAUGGAAAAUCAGCAAGCGCUCGAAACUCAAAUUAAAAGUGAUAAAGAAGACUUAAAUAAUCUAGAUUUGGAAGAAAUAUUAGAUGCCGAUACCGCUGCAUUAACGUGUGAUCAAAUUGCUUUGAGUCAAAUUCAACGUGAAAUCGAUAUUAUAAAUCCAGAUUCUGCCAUGCAAUAUUGCUCAAGAAAAGCUGACAGACAGUUAUUCGUUCCACAAUCUGAUUUAUUUAUUCCUAUAGAUAAAAAUUUAGUUCAUUCCAGCACGUCUGCAACUUCUAGUUCUAGUGAUAGAAAAUUAAACAUGUUGAUAGAAGAACGUGAUUCGCUUUUGAAAACCGGUAAUUAUUCAAGUAACGACAGCCUUAUUAUCAAACUAAACACUGAAAUCAGAUCAAUAUUAAUGAAUAGUUGAUAUUCAAGUUACUGUUUCGAAAAUUAUCAUGACUGAACUUCAUUUUACGAAAUCUUCUAAGUGUAGGUUGUUAGUUCACUCGUUAAGCUAAUUGUGAUUGUGUACAUAAAUUUGUGUUUUGAAAUUUACUCGAAAUAAUUAUAACAUUGAACAGCAACAAAGAUAAAUGUUAUCAAUAAUUCUUAUAAAA